AUGGCGACCAACAUCACUUUCCACCCUGGCUCAGUAGCGGCGACGGAGCGCGCAGAUCUGCUUAAACAGAAGGGUGUCACAAUAUGGUUGACAGGCCUAAGCGCCAGCGGCAAAUCGACGAUCGCAUGCGCACUCGAACAGCACCUCCUACACCUGCACAAGUUCUCGUACCGCCUCGACGGCGAUAACGUGCGUUUCGGCUUGAACAAGGAUCUCGGCUUCGACGAAAAGUCUCGCAACGAGAACAUCAGGCGGAUCGGCGAGGUCUCGAAACUGUUCGCGGAUGCAGCAUGCAUCGCUAUCACCGCUUUCAUCUCGCCGUACCGUGCCGACCGCGCCGUCGCACGAGAGAUCCACGAUAAAGCCGGGUUGGGAUUCGUAGAGGUGUUCGUGGACGCGCCGCUCGACGUCGUAGAGCAGCGCGAUCCUAAGGGGUUGUACAAGAAAGCGCGCGCAGGAGAGAUCAAAGAGUUCACUGGCAUCUCUGCGCCGUACGAGGCGCCCGAGAAGCCGGAGAUCCACAUCAAGACGAACGAAGUCGAUGUUACUGAGGCGGUCAAGAUCAUCAUGGAAUAUCUGACCGCUCAGGGAUACGUCUCAUGA